AUGUCCCAAGAUCAAGAUAUCUUUUACGACUACGAGCGGGAUAUCAUUGCACCCCUCCGGAGCCCGGGACUGGAGCCAGUAAAACCCGAGUACGGGCCACGAGAAAGUCCUGCACCUCUUGUACCCGCCGACGAUACAUCCUCUGAUUCCUCCGGGGCGGAGGACACGGAAGCGGUACCACGUCGGGAGAAACCUAUAGCACGAAAGGGUCGAGCAAACCGCACCUUUGCCGAUGGCGUGCUGAUUCUUUCCUUAGAUCCUAAUCAACGCGCACUUGCCAGCCAGGCACGGCAAGAACCGUUGGACUCGAGGAGUCAGUCAGAAGAGGAAGAGGAUGAUGACGGCGACGACAAUGCGGCUCGAGGGGGCCGGAGACAGAUGAGGAGGCUCGGGAGGGUCCUUCGACAUGGAGCAAACACGGCUCCAGUCAAAGCAAUGCCGGUACCGCGGACUGCCCUGCCCGCCGAUCCUGAUGGUCUCGACGAUGACGACGACGACGACUUCCCCAUGGUUGACAGUCCAGCCAAUGUGGCUGCAGAGCAACCGGUACGGUCGCCUCCGAGACCUGCGCACGCCAUACAAAAGUCAGAAGGGCAGUCUCAAUCUACCUAUACUACGUCCAAGAAAGUGGAUCUGUCAAGAAAGCAAUUCAAUACAAUUCCACCCCCAAGGACUCGCCAGCUGUAUCCAAAUCUACGGCUGAAUCUUACUCCGAGCAUUCGUGACGGCGAUCAAGAUGACGACUCAAUCCUCAAGUCACCUAUUCUCCGACAGUUUGCGAUUUCGCCCCGUGAUGCACAUCCGGAUUUCACCUUGCCAGCCAUGCAACAAAGAUCCCCUCCACGUUCCUCGCCCGCAGGUCUACCGGACUAUAGGACGACGCUCCCAUCUCUGAAGAUCGCCAUUGGCGAUCUCCCGGAACCAAGCAUGGGAGGAUUUGCCUGCCAGUCUCCGAGCAUGGGUCCGCCUUUAUCGGCCCAGUUUGCGUCUUAUGCAUCUCCGGCUUCGUACUCAGCGUAUUUUGCCAUGUCCCCUCCGGAUCCGCCGUCUCACAGCAAUUGGCGGACAACGACUGGGAAUUCCACUGCAUCGACAUUCUCCGAUCAUACUUCAUCAGCUUCUGUCUCUGGCUCAACGCCAGCCUCGUCAAUCAUCACGCCAUCUCCAGCAGCCUCUGGUCCCUCUGCGUUGACUCCUCUACCUGAGCACGAUCUAGAGGAACAAGUAGAGGACAGCAGGACGCAGAACAUCCCCUUCAAAGAGACGGAUCUGGCAUCUCAAGGUGAACCUCGACUCAUACCUCGGCCUCGGCCUCGGCCUCAGCCUAAAGCGCCCUCAAAACCUCGAUCCCAACCUGCAGCGCGAUUGAAACUUCAAUCCCAGCGUGCCGCUCGACCGAAACCUCAGCCCAGUCCUGCCACUCGAUCGAAACCUCAGCUCCAGCCUCAGCCUCCGCCUCCUGACCCUGAACCCCAACUUCAACCUGAAUCUCAAAUCGAAGCGGAACACAAGGCUGGAUCCGAGACCGAAUCCGAACUCUCCGAGCUCUCCGAACUUGAAUCUGAACUUGACUCGGAGCCUGAGCCUCAGCCCGAAUCCAAACCACAAUCCAAAUCGCAACCAAAACGUCCAUCCGUGUCUCAGUCAAAGUCUCAGUCCGAGGUGGUCCCUAGCCCCCCCACAGGGCCUCGCUUUUCACUGGGACCUUUCAAGUGCACAUACGAAGGGUGUACCGCCGCACCCUUUCAGACUCAAUAUUUGUUAAACAGUCACAUGAAUGUCCAUUCUAACACCCGAACUCAUUUCUGUCCCGUCAAAGAUUGCCCUCGAGGGUAUGGUGGCCUGGGAUUUAAGAGGAAGAAUGAGAUGAUCAGGUGA